AAGCAGUUCGUAUAACCAUAGACAGUGUAACAGCAACAGUCACACAUGUUAGACGGGGAACACAACAUUUAAGGACUGUUGUAGCUACUUGCACGAUGGCGAGCACAUUUCAUCCUUGGUUGAUCAUCUUUUUAUUCCUCCAUGUGUCACUGGAUUAUUUUUCCGCCUCAUCCGAGCCGGAAGGGUCAGUGUUCCGGGGCUCAUUUAAAGAAUUUACCCGUAGAAGAAGACAAGGGUGUCAAGAUGGCACGUACGUGCAUGAAGGCAAGACCUGCUGUUUGUGUGCUGCAGGUCAGCGGCUCGUGAAGCACUGUGUUGACAAACCAGACGAUCGAAUAUGCGAGCACUGUGAGAUGCACGUUACCUACAACAGUGACCCUAAUUCCCAGGAGACCUGCCUGCCCUGCACCUCCUGCUCACAACCCCAUGCUAAUUUAGAGGAGGACUCGCCCUGUACCCCAGCCAGGAACACAAAGUGCAGAUGUAAGGAAAAUCACUUUUGCAACAGCGGCACAGAAACCUGUGAAAUCUGCCAACCUUGUACAAAAUGUGAACAUGGCGUUGAAAAAGCAUGUACACCCACCAAAGACGCAGUCUGCCACGCGAAAGGCAGCGUAAACGUCAUAGCUGCUGUCAUCAUUCCUAUUGUGCUGGUUAUUGCGGUUGUUGCAGUCAUUCUAUAUUUUCUACGGAAAAAACGACAAAGGAGGAAUGAACAGCGGGACCAAGCCCAGCCAAAUGACAAUGGAACUGCUCAGGAGAUGCAGCCUCUUCAAGUUGUUUCAGUUGAGGACCUGGAGCGGCUCCUGCCUGACAUUGCACAAGAGCUUGGAUGGCCGGUUAUGAAAGAUGUGGCAAUUCGUAGUGGGGUUAGAGACUCUGUUAUUGACGCUUGUGUGCGAGAUAACCCUAGUAGCACUCAGGAGCAGACGCUCCAACUACUGAAGGAGUAUGUACAGAUGCAGGGCAGAAAUGCCCCCAACCACUUGAUCGAUACCCUUCAAAGAACCAACAGAAGGGCCAUGGCAGAGAGGAUCAGGGAAAUCAUUUUUCAAAGCAACCAAGAUGGACAAAACCCUUCUGCAUGAAUGUGUCUAUGUUGAGCAGUUUCUAAAUGUAUGCAGGGCUGCCUGAUGUAUGAAUUUAGAUUUUUAAAUAUGCCAGAUAUUUCCGUGGUAAACUUGAGAUUUUAUCUAUUAUGUGUCUUCACAUGAACUUGUGAAGGAAUUUUUUUAACAAGAUGUUGGGAGGAUGACUGUGACUCAUGUGAAAAGAGACUUACAUGAAAGAAUUACAAGGAUCUGCGUCUCAGUCGAUGAAGUAACAGACUGAAAAACUUUCUGUCACAUUUUCCUUCCAGUUCCGAGUGUGAAAGUGUUAUACAUACAAAUAUCCAAAUGGAUAACUGCGUGCAGUGACGUAUUCAUGUGCUGAUUUAAUCAUGUUGGUCAGAUGCCACAGCCAGUCGUGUCAUUCAUAAGUGCAGACUACUUUGCAGCUUGUAAAUUGCACAAUAAGCUUUAAUAAAUUUAGAAAUAGCUGAAAGUGUCACACGGGUUUUAGUUAUUAUAAGCUGUAAUAAAGUUAAGUUCAGUUAAUCUGUUCUUAAUCUUCAAAAGACUUCAUCCUUGAAUAUCUGCAUUUCUAAGAGUAUAUAACUCCUAAAUAGUGUGUAGUUAUUGCCAUUUUGCCUUUUUUUAUGAUAAGCUUUGUGUUUAGCAAUAUUUUCUGAAAAUGUCGUAAUUAAACUGUGAAAGUACACGUUGA